CGCGCUGCGGAUUGCCUCGACGGUGGCGGACAACAACUUCAAGGCCAACCUUGACGCUACUUCUUGGUGCAUCGGUGAUUUUCCCUGCAGGAUCUUCUCUACUGGAUUAUCUUGUUUUUGUCUUUUCGAUACAUUUUCAAAAGAUAACUUUUAGAAAAGCCUCUUUUAGCGGUGAGGAUUUGCGUGCGGUGCGUGUCAGGUUUUUUGUUGUUGUUGUUGUUGUUGCGACGAACAAGUGCAGCGCGCGCGUCCUGCCCGAUUUGGGAUUGUCCCACUUUUUUUUUUUUUUUUUUUUUUGGAGGAGCUAUGCCGAGCUGCGUCGCACAGCUCGUUGCGCAGGAGUGACACCGAAAUAAAACGUUCCCCACCCCCACCCCCCACCCCAAAAAAAAAGAGAAAUCAAAGCACUCAACACUUUCUUGGGCGCAAAUCUGGACUGGAGCAGCCGCCGAACUCGCCGCUUUCUCUGCCCACCCCGGCGCGAGGGGAUGGUCGAGGGUCCUCGGGGGCCAGGAGCGACUGCGCGGCUCCUCCACGACCGCUUCGUCUCGUUUGGGGUUCCGUCCAAAUUAAAAAGGAGAUGAGAGCCGCAAUUUACUACUUCCUGCUGUGGACGACGUACCUGCUGCUGGCCACCGCUCAGGAAGUGCACUUUCCCCAGGAGCUGAUCGACAGAUUGGCCCGCAGUGAAAUCCACAGCAUCAGCGACCUCCAGCGGCUGCUCGAAAUUGACUCCGUAGGUACGGAAAACGAUGUGGUCGAGGAGCAUCACAAGCAUCAUCGCAAGCACCAGCACAGCCAGCAUCAGCAGCACAAGAAUUCCUCCCGCCUGCCGGGUUACUAUAGCGACCUGAAGAGCUCGCAGCUGCGCAGCCGCCGCAAGCGGAGCCUCGUGGAAGAGGCGGUCCCCGCGGCGUGCAAGACGCGGACGGUGAUCUACGAGAUCCCCCGGAGCCAGGUGGACCCCACGUCGGCCAACUUCCUGAUAUGGCCGCCCUGCGUGGAAGUGAAGCGCUGCACGGGCUGCUGCAACACCAGCAACAUGCGCUGCCAGGCCUUGCGCAAGCACCACCGCACCGUUAAGGUGGCGAAGGUGGAGUACGUCAAAAGGAGGCCCAAGCUGAAAGAGGUAUUCGUACGGUUAGAAGACCAUCUGGAGUGCGUGUGCACGUCGCAGCAUCAUGUCGUGGACCACGCCGAUGCAGAAACAGUGGACGUGAGGUGAGGACAGUCAGCCUGGGCUCGCCGUUGCUACACAAAAGAACUUUUCCGAAUUAAGACUGACGAACUUAAGGAACACUGAUGCCAAAGGUGCUUUUUUUUUUGUUUUCGCUGAAACACCGCCCGCCCCCCCCCCCUCACCCCCCGACAAAUAAGAGACGAAGAGGAGGAACCGACGCAAAGGGAGAUGAAGAAAGGGAUUAUUUUUUUCGGGCUUGGGACGCUACGGCGGCGUAGGACCUCCUGCAGGCCCCGCCCCUUCGGGACGAAAGACGCCGACCGCGUACGGCGCACGGAUGCCCUUUACAAACUAUUUCUACACGUGGACGCUCCGGAGGACUCGUCUCAUUUUCGUUAUCGUCGCCUUAUUAUCAUUGAGAGUGUAUCGUCCAGUCUUGUGUACGCUUUGGAAAAAAACGACGGGAGGAGACGCGGGAAAAGCCAAGUCGCAGGAAGAUGCUUUAUUUUUGUUAUGAAAUAUAUUACACUUACUUCUCAUUUGGUUAUUGAAUGUCUGUAUUUAAUCCUUUUUUUUUUUUUUUGGGCAAAAAAAAAAAAAAAAUCACAAGCGCUCCUUUAUGUGCGGAAAAUAGGCGGACGCUAUCGGGAUGGUCGGCAGGCGUAUCGCUGUGGUGCUGAUAAGGAGGAUGCACACCCAAGUCUGCUGUAACACGCAACACGGAGCAAAGUUCAUCUUAAAGAGUGAAUCAAUAAGCAGAGCGCGAACGGGCCUCGGACGCGAUCCCCUCGUCGAGUCGGCGUCGAGCAAACGCUUUGCGUCGUUGUUUUUUUGGGUGCAAGCGGCGCACGACGCCCGCCGGCCCGCCCGCCGUCGCCCAGGGUGCCUUUAUUUAUGCCCCACCACGUGUCUCGCCACUGUUUUUUCUUCCUUUAUUUUGCAAUCCAAUAACAACAAACAUCAAUUCAUUGUCAUUUUUUUGUACAAAAAAAAAAAACACCCCAAAACCUCUUUUUGUUGGAAAAAGACAGCAAUAAUCAUAAUUUAUCUAUUUAUGUUCAACAAUAAAUGUA